UUGUCCUGUUCUACUUAAGACACAAUGAUCUUCAGCAGUUAGCUAGAAUUAUUCCUUAACCAUUUUGUUUGUUUGUUGUUUGAGAUACGGUCUCCUUAUGUAGCCUAGUUUGGCUUCAAACUCAAAGUUCCUCUAGCCUCGGCCUCCGGAGCAUGAGCUUGUUUCUUACUUUCUAGUUGUUAUUUACACUUUCUCGUGUUGGUCUUAGGGCAGAUGGCUCCAGGUGGUAGUGGAAAGGCCCAGGACGCACUCAGAUUAUGAUUGGCUUCAUAAGAACGGGCCUUGGAGGAUACCGAGGUCUAGGGGAAGCUUUUUGUUUUGCUUUUUGUUUUCUUUUGUUUGCUUGUUUGUUUUUAAUCUUGAUGAUCCUCUAAGUUAUACAGUGGCAAUAUUCUUCUUAGCACAAUUGGAGAAGCAAAUGCCUACAGCUAAACAAUAUGCCUUUUAAUGAACUUUUUCUGUCUACAAAGUAGACAUUUACUAAGUGUAACUCUGUUCUAGGGCAAGGAAAUAGAGCUGCAAGAUAUUGUCCCUUUCCUUGAGGAUGAGGCAGACUUUUGAACAAAUAAAUAUGUAUAGUAAGUGAAGGUCUGACAUGGAGGAAUGUUAAAAAGUCAUCACUUUAUUUUUAUCACCUAUUUGAGGAAGGCCAGUGAAAGAUUCAGAGAAAAUAAGAGGCUUGCCCUGGGCUUGAAGGAAAAUUCAGGAAGACAUCCCCAGUAGAGGAGAGGACAUCCCACGGUUUGUUGCAAUUAGAAAACAGGUACCAUUGGAGGCCAUUUAGCACCAGUGUGGUUGGUAGGAGAGAGAGAGAAACGGGACAGUCAAGGAAAGGCAAGAUGAUCACCCACUGGUAUGAUCCCCAAGAACCUAGGACUUGCAUGAGAGUGAAGGCCUUUUAUAAUUUCCUCCUUUCAUUUGGUCUCCUGGCAGCCAUCAUUUUCUUCAUACCCAGCCUAUCAACUGUCUUAAUCUCUGGAUGGCUCUCCUCUCUCCCUACUUGUCUGCCCUCCUGGCUAGCCUGGCUUUCCACACAAAAAGAAAACACAGUUUAUCUCUUGAAGACCUCUGACCUGACAGCUUGGAGGAAUAAAGGUUACCAGGUGAAAGGGCAUGUGUGUCAUUUACUUGGUGCAGCACGAGGUAGCUGGGGAGAAUGAAGUCCAUCUGUGACCAAACACCUAUGUUCCUCUUUCGCUGGCAACGUCACCAGAGGGGAGCCUUAAGCUGCUCUUCAAAUGAGUCAGACCUGUUGUUUGUGGAGAGCAGGGGCUGGUGCAGCCUGAGCUCCGGGGACGUCUGCCUGGCCCUUCUCACUGUCGCCUGUGUUCGUUUGCAGCCGUGUAAAUGAGUAUGGAAGAUUAUGAUUUCCUGUUCAAAAUUGUUUUAAUUGGCAACGCUGGAGUGGGAAAGACGUGCCUAGUUCGAAGAUUCACUCAGGGUCUUUUCCCCCCAGGUCAAGGAGCCACAAUUGGAGUUGAUUUUAUGAUUAAGACAGUGGAGAUAAAUGGUGAAAAAGUAAAGUUACAGAUCUGGGACACUGCGGGUCAAGAGAGAUUUCGUUCAAUCACCCAAAGUUAUUACCGCAGCGCCAAUGCCUUGAUCCUCACCUAUGACAUCACCUGUGAGGAGUCCUUCCGUUGCCUUCCCGAGUGGUUGCGAGAGAUAGAACAGUAUGCCAGCAAUAAGGUCAUCACUGUGUUAGUGGGCAACAAGAUUGACCUGGCUGAAAGGAGAGAGGUCUCCCAACAGAGGGCAGAGGAAUUCUCAGAGGCUCAGGACAUGUAUUACCUGGAGACUUCAGCCAAGGAAUCUGAUAAUGUGGAGAAACUCUUCCUUGACUUAGCAUGCCGACUCAUCAGUGAAGCAAGACAGAAUACACUGGUGAACAAUGUAUCUUCACCCUUACCCGGAGAGGGGAAAAGCAUCAGCUAUUUGACUUGUUGUAAUUUCAACUAAAGGCUGAGGCAAAGAGAAUCAAAGGGAAUCAGUAGUUGCCUUGGUGGGCCGUAUGUUGCUAGGGAAUCUGGCAAUGACUAUGGCUCCUGCUCUUGGACCUUCUGACUCCUGUAGGCUCCAGAGCUUACAAAGCAUGCAGGCCAAGGGCCUCGACUGCAGGCCAGCAUUAGCAGAACACAUAAUGGUUUCAGCCUUUUGCAGUCUGGCAUUGGAGCAAGGAGAAAAUUGCACUAAGCGCUCCAUGAUCUGCAGAGCAUGUUGCUUUUGUUUUUUAAAAAGCAAGUAAAAAUGCAUUCCUGAACACAGUGCAGGGGAUCGUGUACUGUAGGAAUCCCUCCUGUGUGUCAGCGGGUGCAUGUGGGGCUGUUCUCUAGGCUUCAGUGGUAAUCUGGUGCCCAUGGUUUUCUUGUCUACCAGGUAAACCAAAACUGGAAAGGCCCAGUUCUGUCUCUGUGGUACUUAUUGACAACCCCAUGGAGAUUUUGAAAAGUGUUAUUUCUUUUGUCCACAAGCACUUUCAAAACCUUUGGGAUGUAAAAACAAAAACUCUUCUCAUGACCAACAGUAAAAAUUAUUGUCUAAUAACAUAUACAGCUCCAUGACUCCUUUUGGUGCUAAUGAUUAUGGUAUUUCACAGACCAAACGUUUUACUACAUUGAUAUUGAUACCCUUAGAUGUAUUACCUAGAAAUAAAAAGAAAAUGGGGGAAAUCCAUGAAUCAGCAGUCUUUUUCAGCGCUUCAUUACCACCUUUUCUAGGAUGGGUUUGGACAUGAGAAUCCUUUUUCUUUCAUAUUCUCCUUGAAAUUUCUAAACUUUCUCCUAUUCUUUCAAACACCUUUCCUGCCCUUUAAGUAAAUCAAAGUCUGAAAAAAAAAAUGGGGAAAAAUACAAUGGAUGAUGGCGUUAAAAUAAAAAAGAUUAGUUGUAAGACAUUUUGAGUAGCAUGGGAAAACAGAGCAGAUAUGACCAAAAUACUGUGGAAUGCGGACUUACUACAGAGCAGGGUUCCAGACAGAGCACAGUCCUUCAUAACAAGACGCACCUUUUCCUUUCUGGAACUACCCUUGGCUAGACCAAGGCUUAGGAUUUUGUAGACAUUUUUAGUAUGAUAAGUGAGAAUAGCAACAGAUGAAAAGUUUCACAAACCAUUUUUGUAUCUUCAAGAAACUUAGGAAAGGCCUGCUUGGGAAGCAAGCCGAGUUGUCGUUUAUCAUCUUAUAUUAAUGUUGAUCUCAGAUUCAUGACAAUGCAUUCUUUUACCUUUAUCUUUUCUUUCCCCUGGUCUCACCUCAGAGCUUUCCUUUCCUCUCCCUCUUCUUCCUUUCCAUUCUGAUAUGCAUGUGUUACUGCAAAUCUCCAAUUCAAAUGGAGGUGUAAAUGCCUUUACUUAGCCAAUUUCAAAACAGGUUUCAGAUUGGAAGAUGUGCUGCUGAAUGGGUUCCUGUUUCUUCAGUGCCAUGAUUUGAUACCUUCUAAUUUGUUCAUGCUCAUGAAUGCAAAUUGCAACAGCAAUUAAAUCUGUAUAUGCUGUUGGUGCCGUCAGGUGUUUCUGGGCUUGCUGUAUAGCAUAACUGAGUGAUGAAUCACUGAAUGAGGGUAUGACGUGUAAUUCCGCUGUUGGUAUUGAUGGUGACAAUCUUGGACCUGACAUGACACUCUUGGAAAGCUACUGAAUUGUAAAGCAGUGAGUCAACGCAGCCGGCUAUUGGUAAUACAUUUCUAGCGUUUAUCUAGCAGACUCCAUAAUGUCCAAUCUCUCACAUGGGACUGCGUGUAUUAUUACCCAUCAUUGGUAUUAUAACUUGCUCUCUAUGCUUUCCUUCAUUCUAUAAGAAAGAGAAAGGCUUGCCAAAAGUUUGCACUGCCUUUCCUUUAUACAGGGAGAAAAAUCACUUGAAUCGAAAAUCAAAAUCAUUUAUCAUUACCUUGACUUCUCUAUUAAGCCAACAACUAAAGGCGUCAAAAGAUAAACUAAUCAAAGUUACAGAAGAAUUUAUCUUUCUUCUGUGAGAGAAUGUCCCUAAAUUUAGAUUUAUUACUUUUCUUUACCAAAAACUUCUGAUCUCCUCUGCAUAUGAUGACUCAGCCUUGUCUCACAGCACGGUUAAAAAUAAUGUUGCUUUGUGAACUUUAAGGGCUUUGUUAAAAUGGACUAAUUUAGUUCCAGAAUAACAGUUUCUGGGGUCACAGUUAUGUUACAUUAUUCUUAUUUCUUAAGCGUAUAGCACCCCCAUCUGCUCUCCAGGUUCAGAAGCAGCUCAGGAGCUCUACUCCAGUUCCUCUUCCCCUGGGUCUCUGAGACGUUCAGGAGAUCACAGUCAUCAAUCCUUGGGCCGUUAGUGUGGACACCUGAGAAGCUGGACCCUUACGUUCCACAGUUCUGUGACUUUCAGAUUAGGUGUUUUGGAUAUUUUUCCAGUGAUGUGUCUCAAAUUUGAGAACAAUCUUUGACAAUAUUAUAGUGCAAUAAAUACCAGUUUAAUAAAUGAUUCAUUGCCAAGA